ACCCUUUUCUUUCAUUUUCUUCUCCCCUAAAACCCAUUUGAAUGCACAACUCAAGCUUCAAAGUUCAGAACUUCAUCAAUUUUCUUCAAAAUCUUAUUUAGGACUGCCAAUUCAUCAGUUAACUAGAAAAAUCUCAUCUCCUGGAUUUGAUAUCAAGAUUUGGCUUUGCAGAUAGAAAGAUUGGCCAUAUUGGAAUUACAAAAAUGAUAAAGUAUUUCAUGCCAAUAAACCCGAGUCCUUCAUCAACUUCCAAACCAUCAACAAUGAAUAAUGAAACUCCUAUUGACCAAGCUAGUGGAAAAAGACCUCGUGUAGAGGUAGAAGUUUCCGAUAAUGAUAUAGUUAGUGAUCCGGGCUUGAGAAAUCCAAUUGAUAGCUUUCCCUUAGAGAUGAGGGAUACAUUGAGAAGGAGAUACUUAGCUAAAGGGCCUUGUCAACCAGUUGGGCAUCAAUUUCCUCAAACUAAUAAAAGGAGGUUUCUCCCUAAUUGGUUUAAAAGAUUUGCUUGGCUAGAGUAUAGCGUUUCCAAAGAUAAAGCAUUUUGUUUAUAUUGUUACUUGUUUCCCAAUAAAGGCAAUAAUAGCAAUAAAGGUGGUGGCAAUACUUUUACGGAAGUUGGGUAUAGUAAUUGGAAAAAUGGCAUGCAAAAUUUUAUUGCUCAUGAAGGAGGUCCAGAAAGCCCACAUACAUUUGCAAGAAUUAAGGUUGAGCAAUACCAAAACCAAAGGGAGAAUAUUGAUUUUGUUUUUUCUUCAAAGAAUGUUGCUAAUGAUGAUGAGUAUCGUGUUCGGUUGACAACAGUUGUAAGAGUAGCUCAAUAUCUUUUGGGUGAAGGAUUGGCUUUUAGAGGACACGAUGAGUCACCAAAAUCAAUGCACCGAGGCCAUUUUCUUGAACUUUUAAAUUGGUUUUGUAAGUAUAAUGAAGAAGCAAACAAAGCGAUGUUAUCAAAUGCUCCUAAAAACAAUCAAUUGACUUCAUCUACCAUUCAAAGGCAUAUAAUUGAAGCUUGUGGAAAGGAAACUAGAAAAGUCAUUUUGAAUGAGAUCGGAGACAAGUUCUUUUCUCUUUUGCUUGAUGAGGCCCGAGAUAGUUCUAUGAAAGAGCAAAUGGCUGUGGUUUUGAGAUUUGUGAAUGAUGUAGGAGAAAUUGUUGAACGCUUUGUUGGAGUGGUUCAUGUAAUCGAGACUUCUGCACAAUGUUUAAAGAAUGCUGUUGAUGAAUUCUUUGCGAUAAAUGGGUUGUCACUGUCAAGACUUAGAGGUCAAGGUUAUGAUGGAGCUUCUAAUAUGCGUGGCGAGCUCAAUGGAUUGAAAGCACUCAUUCUAAAUGAAAACAAGCAUGCGCAUUAUAUUCAUUGUUUUGCUCACCAACUCCAGUUAGUUGUUGUGUCUGCUGCAGAGGAAAAUCAUGAUGUGAGUCAAUUCUUUGAUUAUGUUUCUAUGAUUGUGAAUAUGGUUGGAAGUUCAUGUAAAAGACAUGAUGCUCUUCGGCAAGCACACCAUGAUAAAGUUGUGCAAAAACUACAAAGUGGUGAGAUUUCAAAAGGGCAGGGUCAAAAUAAAGAAAUAAGCUUAGCUCGACCAGGUGCUACUCGUUGGGGUUCUCACUAUAAAACAUUACUCCGGCUAUUUGAUAUGUGGGAUUCAUUGAAAGAGAUGCUUUUUGCAAUACAACAAGAUGGUGAGAUAAGGAAAAAUCGAGGCACUGCUAGGGGUUUGUUGGAUAAAAUGGGUUCUUUUGAGUUUGUAUUUCUGGGAAAGUUAAUGUUGUAUAUUUUAGGAGUGACAGAUCCUUUAUCAAAGAUUCUACAAGCCAAAGAUCAAAACAUAGCCACUGCUGUUCGUAUGGUUGAAGCAUUGAAAUGCAAGUUACAUGCAUAUAGAGAAAAUGGUUGGGAAAAUUUGUUGAAGGAAACCACUGAAUUCUGUCUAAAGCAUAAAAUUGAAGUACCAAGCAUGGACGAAAUUAUCGAAAGCCGUCGCAUUACACUUGUUGAUGGAGAACCAAUGACUUAUAUUCAUCAUUUCCGCGUGGAAAUCUUUGCAAUGGUAAUUGAUGAGGUUGCUGAAGAAUUGAACAAUCAUUUCAAUGAGGAAAACACUAAUUUGCUUAAGGGUGUAUUGAGUCUUGAUCCUUCCAACAACUUUGCUCAUUUUGAUCAUCAUGAAAUACUGCAACUUGCUAGAUUAUACUUUGAAGAUUUCUCUACUGCUGAGCUAGCUGAGCUUCACUACCAACUUGAACUCUACAUUGAUGUUGUAAGAGGGGAUCCAUAUUUCUAUAAUCUUGUUGAUGUUGGAGCUCUUGCAAUAAAGAUGGUGAAGCAUAAAUAUCAUAUUUGUUUUCCUUUGGUGUAUCGACUCAUUGAGCUAGCAUUGGUGUUACUAGUUGCCACAGCUACUUUUGAGAGAUGUUUUUAAGCAAUGAAUGUUGUGAAGACCGAUUUGCGCGACCGACUUGCAGAUGAACUACUGUCAGAUUGUUUGGUGUGUUACAUUGAGAAAAAAAUAUUCAUUAGCAUUGAUGAAGAAACAAUUAUGCAACGGUUUCAAAAGUUGGCAUCUCGCAAAAACUAUUUGAAACCUCUCAAAGGUUCCGGUGCUUGGAGUACUCCAUUGGUUAGGAAAAAUUAGUUGUUAUUCAUGUACUUGUGUAUAAUAAUGAAGUUUUUUUGAAUUAAUUUGACUUUCUUGU